UCUUCUCUCUUUUAAUCAGAAUCAGAAGAGAGAGUAGUAACAGACAGAUAGAGAGAGAGAGAGAGUUGGCCCAGCAGCGGAUCGACGACGACGACGACGAUAAAGACGAUGAUCAUCAUCUGAUUCUCUCCUAAGCUUUCUUCUCUCUCCCUCUCUCCCCAUGGAGUUUCGAUUCUCUCCCACUUAAAGAUUUCUUCUCUCUCUCUCUCCUCCUUAUUUUUAGUAUUUUUCUCAGGAAUACAUUUUUUUUUUCUCUCUCUCUCAUUUGUAUAAUUUUGGUCGCCGAUUUGGUAGUGAGUGCAAACAUCUCUUCUCUCUCUGUUCUAAUCAGCGAUUAAGAUUAGAGAGGACUUUGUUGUCUCACAGGAAUGGGAGAAACAGUUCAUUGUGAAAGCUUCUUACCCUCCUCCUCAAUGAGAAUGAGGGAUUUAACUCAAGAUUCAAACACUUGUACCUAUUCUAUGUUUCAUGCUCGAGACCCCAAAAACAACUUGCCUUUUGGUGCCCGCCAUUAUCAUCAUCAUAAUGCUGCUGCUACAGAUUCUUCUUACUCUGAUUUUUUGAAACACACCAUGCUUCAACAUGAAGCCGUUUUCAAGAAUCAGGUUUGUGAGCUUCAUCGUUUGUAUAGAACACAGAAGAGUUUGAUGGAUGAAGUAAAAGGAAAGACUUUUAUUGAUCUUAUGAGUUAUUCUGAGCGUACACCGGAAAGUGCCAUUAAACGAGAGCUACCUGGGUUUCUUUUGGGGAGUGAUGAAGGUAGCAGCUCUCUAGUUUGCAAUGCUCCUAGUUCAAAGGAUCAGGAGGAGGUGUUUGAGGUUAGACCUGUCAAAGUUAGAAGAACAGUGAUUGAUCUUCAACCCCCUCCUUACGAGCAGUCCAAAACAGAAGAAGAAGAAGAAGUUGAAGAAAAGCUGUUUUUCGAACGAGGGAAUGCUUCUCAUCAUCUGAACGACUCUUCUGGGUCUUCUUUGUUAAUGAAGAAUCGAAAUGGGUUAGCUGACUUGAACGAGCCACUCCAGUGCCAAGAAUCAGUACCUGUCUCUUCUUCUUCCAGGGACUUGUAUUCUUCUCUUUAUGGAAGAGACGUUGCAAAUGUUCAAGGCCAGUGGUUGGAUAAAAAUACAAGUCAAAAUGGUUGGAUGGUUCUUGAAGCAGGUCAUGGCAAAAGCAUUCCAAGAGACAAUUUAUGUUUGCCUUCCCAUUCAGUACAAGGUCUUUCAAACAGUGCAUUUCAACCUCUGGGAUAUCCUUCAACUGAUCAGCGGAAGUUGUCUGGCGAAAGAGCAUCUUUUGAAUGGGAAGCUCGUCAAAGGAAUCCUGAAGUUUCUUAUGAUAGCUAUGUGGAAUCAAGUGUGGCAUCAAAUGCUCCAAGCUUGAAUCAUGGCUACCACCCUGAAUCGGUCAGACCUUGGGGUCAUUGGAUUUCAUCAUGGGAGAACCGAAGUAGCAGUUCAGUUCAGAAACCCGUGGCACUUCAGACGAAUCCAUUCUUGAAUUUUAAUACACAACCAAGAACAGAUGCGAGUUCUGAGAUGAGAAGCCGUGAUUUUAACCAAGGCUUUUCUUCAGGGUCGAAGGAAACUGCCUUUAAUUUUCCAUCAGGAAACUCUAACUAUCUUAACAACGGCCCAAAAGGGGCUGUUACAAAUGGUUCUUUCAGUGAGGCUUUGAAGCAUCAGAGUCCCGAAAACCCUCAAGGACCAAAAAAGCAGGAGUGCUCUGCUGGGUUGCCCUGGAUGAAACCUAAGCCCCAUAAAAAAAAUGGAAUAGCAAAUGGCGGUUUGGAUUUGAAUUUGAAUGCUUCUGCUAACCAGUUCAUGGAUGGAAGUGAUGUGGGUAACAGCUUAAAUAAUGUAUAUCCUCACAAUGGUUUGACGUCUGUCUCAUGUUCUAAUGGCGCCAACUUGGGAUAUGUUGAAAUGGCCGAGUCACAGAGUCGUGGAAAGAUAUUUGGUUGCCCCAUCCCUCAAAAGCAUUCUAUUUGCGAGGGGCUCCCUUCCCUUAUUCCUUCUUCUGCCUCUAUCACUAAUCAACCCAAGAAAGUUAACACCUUGGUGAAGAGAAACCUCGACAUCAACCUUCCAUGUGAAGACUCAGUUUCUGAAGCUGUCAUCGUGGACAAUGAUAAAGGUAAAAAAGCUGCCACUUACAGGCAGCACAUUGACUUGAAUUUAUGUGCUAACGAGGACGAAGAUUCCAGCUUGUGUUAUAAUCCGAGAGUGGAAACAAAAGCAACUACUUUGAUAGAUUUGGAAGCUCCCCCAGAUACUGAGAGUGAAGAAGAUGGGGAGAAAAUUCUAGAGAAGAGAGGUGAUGACACUUGGAAAUCUGAAGCUAGAGAUUCAGUGGAUGAAUUCAUUAAGGCAGCUGCAGAAGCUAUAGUCACCAUCUCACUGUCUCACCAUUGCAAUACUGAUGAAGCUGCUUCCUCUUCGACCAAUGCAGUUGCCAAGGACCCUCUCUCUUGGUUUGUCAACACAAUAGCUUCCUGUGGCAAUGAUUUAGAGAAAAAGAUUGCUUGUUUGGAAGCCAGGGAUUGUGUAGGCUGCCCUGAAGAAUGUUCUUCAGGAGAGUUUGAUUAUUUCGAGACAAUGACUCUGAACUUACCCCAGACCAAAGAAGAAGACUACAUGCCAAAGCCUUUGGUCCCAGAAUAUCUAAAAUUCGAUGAGACCGGUUCUAUGGGUAUCACAGCUAACCGGCCAAGAAGAGGACAAGCAAGACGGGGAAGACCAAGGCGGGAUUUCCAAAGGGAUAUUCUCCCAGGGCUUGCUUCUCUGUCCAGGCUUGAAGUAACCGAAGAUCUUCAUAUGUUUGAGGGACUUAUGAAAGCCACUUGCUACAACUGGAACUCAGGUGUGGCCCGAAGGAGCUCAAACCGAGGUGGAUCUAGCCGAGGAAGAAAACGACUGGUCAACAACAUUGACAGAGCUCCUGUUUGCUCGUCUUUGGCACAGCCAAUUAAUAACAACAGUGUACAAAUGGUGGGAUUGGAAGAUAGGAGCCUUACAGGAUGGGGAACUGCAACUAGAAGGCCAAGAAGACAAAGAUGCCCUGCAAGUAAUCCCCCAACUGUGAUCUUGACGUAAAGUAUUAUUUUACUAUUUGAGAAACAUUGUAGAGGGAAAAAAACAGAGAAAGUAACAAUGGAGAAAACAGAGUCGGCGAUGGAUGUUUUUAUUAUUCUAAAUCACCCCAUGUUUGUGGGUGCUGGUUGCCCUUUGUAUAUCUUGUCCUCUCUUAGAAGGGCCAAAGAAAAGAAAAAACAUGCUUGAUUUAUAUAUUAGGCUGUUUGGUUGGUUAUUACAAAAUUUGCAUCUCUGUUUUCUAUUGGCUCAAAAACAAUAUAUAUUCUUACAUGGCUCUAACUAAUAAAUGAUGUUAAGAAUC